GGUACCAAAAUAAUGGCGUGGAGUUGAAGCUGAGCGAGCUGAUACCGAAAUAAGGGCGUUUAAAUCUGCGAUGAUUUUAUGUUGCAGCUCUUAGUUAUGCUUUAAUUUUUUUUAAUAUAUUUAUAUAAAGGAUGUCUCUAAAUAACGCUUUACCAUGUUGGCAGAGGCUGUUUAUGUUCCACUUGGCUCGCAUGAGGAAGAAACCCUUCUCGAUCAGUACCAUGUUUCCCCAGAGCAGCCGUCUACACCGUACACCUCAUCACGUCCACUGCAACAGCACUGAUCCAUGCACUUCCCAGUCCCCAAGUGCUUUAACACGGACUCGUAAAGACACUGCAGAUCCAGGUCCUCCACCUCCUCCAACGUGCUGCUGCAUGAGUGGCUGCCAUAACUGUGUGUGGAUUGAGUAUGCCGCAGAGCUGCUGAAGUACUACAGUGACGGUGGAGAAAAAGCACUGGCUGCCAUAGAAGACAAUGUGCAUGAUGAGAACCUCAAGACGUACCUCAAAAUGGAGAUCAAGCUAUUGAAGCGAUUAUGAUUUUUGUACUAUUUAUUCCUUGUAUGGGCGGCAUAGUGGUUAGCACGGUCGCCUCACAGCAAGAAGGUUCUGGGUUUGAACCCAGCGGCCGGUGAGGACCUUUCUGUGUGGAGUUUGUAUGUUCUCCCCGUGUCUGUGUGGGUUUCCUCCAGGUGCUCUGGUUCCCCCACAGUCCAAAGACAUGCAGUUAGGAUAACAUAGAGCGGCCUUGGGCUGAGGUGCCCUUGAGCAAGGUACCGAACCCCUGACUGCUCCCCGGGCGCUCUAGUGUGGCUGCCCACUGCUCUGGGCGUGUGUGUGUGCUCAUUGCUUCAGAUGGGUUAAAUGCAGAGGAUGAAUUUCACUGUGCUUGAAGUGUGCAUGUGACAAAGGUUUCUUCUCUUUUGUUAAUGUAGUUGUUAUGGAGUGAAACGUGGUAUGAAAUAGGAAAACCAGUUUUGCUUCAGUACCUUUUUUUUUUAAGCAUGGGUCAAUGUGUAAAAGCUUAUGAAUGUAUAAUACCAAAAAUGUUAUAAUAUUCUUUAGUUCCAGCUUCAGUUCAGAUCUAUACCUGAAACAUCCAUAAGCAAAGGUAUAGAUGGGCAUCAUACGUAGUCAACCAUGCAUUGCAAAAAUUGCCCAUGUUGUCUAUAAACUGACUUUUUAGAAAUGAAGAAUGUUUUUUUUCUUUGUUUUUAUUCAUUAAAAGAUGUUUAAUGUCUUAAAGUAA